UGAGCCUGCCUUUCCCCUCUGACCGGAGUAACUGUUUCCGAGACCCGAGUGGUGCAGACCGCAGUUGAUGAAAGUCAAGCCGGAAAGCCAUGUUGCACACCACACCGUACGUCCGUGUCUUGCCUGCGAAGGUGCUGGAAACAGCUUACCAGAAAAGAUCUGCUUUUUUUUUUCUUCUUAAAAAAUCUUCAAGGGUCCCCUUGUUCCAGAUUACAGAACCGCGAUGGUGAUGGGAGAGGAACCCCAUACUACAUUCAACCAGUUUUCACCUCUACUGAUUCUACUGAAUGAUUCCUUUAGCAGACAGGACUCAGUAAGGUAAGCACAUAUUGACUCAUUUUUUAAAAUUAGCUUAAAUUUUUUUGAGAUAGGGUAUCGGUGUAUAGACCAAGCUGACUUCGAAAUUGUGAUACUCGUGUCCAGCCUCGAAAGUUGCUGGUAUUGUAGAGGCCUGUGUGUUAGAAGCCAGCCUGGUCUAUAUAGUGAGUUCCAGGAUAGAGCUUUGCAGAGAGACUGUUUCAAAAGAAAAAGGCGCUGGAGAGAUGGCUCAGAGGUUAAGCGCACUUUUUAAAAAAGAAAAAAAUCUACCAGGGCCUUGUGCUUAGCUAAUAUCACUUAUACAAAUUUUAUCCUUAUGCGUAGGCAGCAAAAAGCAUUACUUUCGCUUUUUAUUGCUGCUUGUGGCCACGCCUUCCUGGCUCGGCAGGCCUGCCGGCCCCUCAGCCUCACCGCAUUUACACUUUUUGGUCUGGAAUGAAGUCCUUAGUGUUUUAAUCUGUUCCAUCUUCUCACCGAUGCCUCAUUUCCGUUUCCAAAAUACUUCCCAGGCUCUAUGGAGAGUGAGCCACAGAUUCGUGCAUACGUACCAGAAAAGUGGGGUUUCUUUUCUUUUUUCUUUUCUCUUCUCCCUCCUUUCCUCUCUCCCCCCUCCCUCCCUCCCUUUCUUUUUUGAUGUUGGAGUUCGAACCUAGGGCCUUCUAGCAUGUAGCCAAGGGCUCUCCCACUGAGUUGGACACCUAGCUCCUUGCUCAUCCAUUGCUUCUGCCUCCAGCGAUGUUUUUAGGCACUCCUCCAGUCCUGACUGUCCCCCCAAUCCCUCCCUGUGCCGCCCACCCAUUCCAAACUUGCCUUCGUCCCCUGUAUCGGACCUUGUUCCGCCUAAGCUAGGCUUUACAAGUUUGCUCGUUGGCCCCCUGGUUCUUUCUUGAUAGACCUCUGAGCCCCUUCCCACUCAAGUCACGAUUUCUCGGCUUGCUGCUGUUAGCUUUCCCCUGCCCUCUGGGCAUACGAUCUGCUCCCAGCCUGGUCUCUGCCUUGGUCACGUCCCUAAACCUCUUUCAGCUCAAGUACAGCCUUCUGAGCACGCCACUAGUCCCUUGACUCUGCGCGCCCCUUAGUCUCUUUCUGCUGAAGCUAUGCCUGACUGCCUCCUGCUGCUCCUUUGCCCCUGGCUACACCCGUCCACUCUGUCGAGGCUUUUCACUCCCCAAACAUACCCCCCCCCCCCCACACACACACCUGUCUCUCGCGCGGCUUUCUCUGUCUCCCUUCCUCUCCCCUCCCCUAAAGCCCCGCCUUCGGGGUUUCCUCUGCCCCGUCCCCUGGGCUUGGCCACGCCCCAGAGCCACACCCCCUCCUGCCGGAGCCUCGCCUUCUAGGCCAGACGCUUUCCGAACCUCGUCUGCUGGCCUCGGCUCGCCACGUCUCCAGGCUCUGGCUACGCCCUGAGCCCCCCUCCUUGCCGGAGCCACGCCUUCUGGGUGGCCCCUUGGCCCCCUGGCCCCCUCUGGGUUAGCUGCAUGUUUUUAGCGACACUUCCUGGCCACGCCCCCGGAACGCCCCGAGCCCGCCUUCUGGGUUUGCUGUCCGCCUUCCAUCCUGGCUCUAGCCACGCCUUGUAUCCCCUCCUCACCCAAGCCACACCUCGGUUUGCCUCCCCCAGCCUCACCGCUGCUCAAGUCUGGCCUACUCAGUCUCCAGUCCCUGCCUACCACCGGUCUUCCAGCCGGGCGGCCCAGCUCCGGGGCCUCAGCCUCUACCCUAGGAAAGAAAGGUAGUGCUCCUCUGCAGGCGUCCGAAAGUCGCACCGGUUUGGCCAGUCCGGCCACCUCAGCGCCCUCAGGGGAGCGCGGGCCUUGCCGCCACCGGAAACGGAAGCGCAGGACAGCAGGACCAUGGCGACGCUGUUUGACCUCCCAGACUUGGUGCUCUUGGAGAUCUUCUCAUACCUCCCGGUCCGGGACCGGAUCCGCAUCUCCAGGGUCUGUCACCGCUGGAAGAAGCUAGUGGACGACCGGUGGUUGUGGCGACAUGUCGACCUGACGCUCUACACGAUGCGUCCGAAAGUCAUGUGGCACCUUCUGCGCCGAUACAUGGCGUCCAGGCUGCACUCGCUGCGCAUGGGUGGCUACCUGUUCUCUGGCUCUCAGGCCCCACAGCUGUCCCCGGCCUUGAUGCGGGCCCUGGGCCAGAAGUGCCCCAACCUGAAGCGCCUGUGCCUGCACGUGGCUGACCUGAGCAUGGUGCCUAUCACCAGCCUGCCUAGCACGCUGAGGACCCUGGAGCUGCACAGCUGCGAGAUCUCGAUGAUCUGGCUGCAGAAGGAGCAGGAUCCCACCGUGCUGCCACUGCUGGAAUGCAUCGUGCUGGACCGAGUGCCAGCCUUCCGGGAUGAGCACCUGCAGGGCCUCACCCGCUUCCGAGCCUUGCGCUCGCUGGUGCUGGGCGGCACCUACCGGGUCACCGAGACCGGGCUGGAUGCCAGCCUCCAGGAGCUCAGCUACCUGCAGAGACUGGAGGUGCUGGGCUGUACCCUGUCAGCCGAUAGCACCCUGCUGGCCAUCAGCCGCCACCUCCGAGAUGUGCGUAAGAUUCGGCUGACCGUUGGAGGCCUCUCAGCCCAAGGCCUGGUCUUCCUGGAAGGAAUGCCUGCCCUGGAGAGUUUGUGCUUCCAGGGACCCCUCAUCACUCCAGAAAUGCCUACACCUGCUCAGAUUGUGUCCUCUUGCCUCACCAUGCCUAAGCUCAGAGUGCUUGAGGUGCAAGGGCUGGGUUGGGAGGGCCAGGAGGCAGAGAAGGUCCUGUGCAAGGGCCUACCCCACUGCAUGGUUAUUGUCAGGGCCUGUCCCAAAGAAUCCAUGGAUUGGUGGAUGUGAAGGCACCACCCAUCCAUCCCUGGGAUCUAUCUAGCUUUUAAAGUUGACCUUCUCAGCAGCAAACUGAAGCAUGUACAUUAAUCAGGCUUGAGGAAACGAGGUCACAAGGAAAAGAAGCCAGGACUUUGGGGCCUGCAGAGCUGGGGUUUUCUGUCAUCUGGAUGUCCUCAGCCUUGUCACCCAGUCUCUGGGAGGCCCAGUUCACACAUUUAGAAACAGGCAUCAUUGCUACCUCAUGAUUCAUUUACAUAUCUUUACCCUCCACCCUUUCCCCCAGUACCUGGGGAUCAAACCCACGGCCUUAGGUACAUUAGGCCAGCACUGCUGUGCUCCUGAGCAACACUGGAGUCCUGGAUAGCCUUCAUCUCUAAAGGACCCCAGAAGACCACUAUAGAGGGGCCGUUUUCAGGGUGCAGGUGGGCAGAGUUCAGGGCUCUGAGGUCUGCCUGGUUGUCUGCCAGAUGCUUGGGAAAUGAGGUCAGGGGGCAAGGAAGACAAGCUUUUGAAUUGUCCUAGUGUUCAAAAGGAUUCUCAAUGGUAUUUUCUGUAUUUUGUAUCCUGCCUUUUCCAAGUUUUCUACAGUAUAUAGUAUUUUACUAUUAAAGAAAAAUGAUGUUUUUUCAAA